CUCACCACGUCAAAAACCCCUCCACUUAUUUUUCAACUUCACACCAGUUCACACAUAAAUCAACUAUCUCCAUGUCGAUGAAUCGUGUUCGACGAACGUUCGAUUUUUUUGUUUGAGUCUGAACAUGUGAAUUAGUCCAGAAGUUCGGGUUAAAAUUUCGGCGGUCGGUGACGAAAAAUUUCAAGUGAUUUUUUUAAUUGUGGGAGUGAGACGGGAAUUGUUAUUGCUAUUGCACAAUGCCACCCAGUCGACUCGACGCUGUUUACAGGAGAAUUUUGUUGACCAAGUUUUUUACCAAGGGCUGGGGGAACCCUGAGAGUCUUCGGAGAAUAUUCGAGUUCAGAAAGGUCGUUGCAAAUCGUGAAGCAUGUUACAAUCUCAUUCCCCGUGACUAUCCAAUAACCAUAACUAAGGAUGAAGAGUGGUCGGAUUGCCAUAUAAUAGAAGGCUGUUUCGAGUCUCCUUUCGAGCAUAAUUUACCCAACAUUAUGCCUGAGGAGACCAAAGAUUGUCAUUUUCAGUUGAUCCUACCACACAAAUGGUCCUCCCACAAAACAAAACCUGUUUGCUUGCAUCUAGCGGGCACUGGAGAUCAUUAUUUUUGGAGACGAAGGAAUUUAAUAGCGAAACCCCUUCUCAAAGAGUGGGGCAUUGGCUCAUUGCUGAUUGAAAAUCCAUUUUAUGGGGUGAGAAAACCUGAAAACCAAGUUCGUUCUAGCUUGCACAAUGUCUCGGAUAUUUUUAUCAUGGGCGGUUGUUUAAUGAUGGAGUGCAUCGUAUUGCUCAAUUGGUGUGAGCAGCAGGGAUUUGGACCGAUGGGACUCACUGGUCUCUCGAUGGGUGGACAUAUGGCUUCGCUAGCUGCAACCAACUGGCCAAAACCAAUUCCAUUAAUUCCCUGUCUCUCCUGGUCAACUGCCUCACCUGUUUUCACUAAGGGCGUCAUGGCCGAGUCUAUAAACUGGUCUUUGCUUCAAUCGCAAUAUUUUUCAGAUACGAUGUAUCAGAAUGACCUCGCCAAAAUGGUCAAAAUUGUCGAUCAAGAUGAUGCAUUCUUGGCAGGACAGCAUUUCGCCCAACAUUUUCCCGCAAGUAUAGCUAGAAUAAGAGAGCUGAAGAAUGAAAAUUUGUGCGGGAAUAAGACCAAGAAUAAUGGAAAAGACAUCAUCAAUCCCACGGAUUUUGAGGUGACGGAGCAAUCGGACGCUGCGGAGAAGGCAGCUGCUAGAAUGUUCCCUUUGAAUCUUAUUUCAAGUCGUUUUGAACCCAGUGAUCCACAAGCUUUGAAAGAUGUGUGCAUGCUACCAACAGAUAAAGACGCUCAGACCGACUCGACAAGACGUGAACAUGAGGCUCUGCAAUUUAUGCGUGGCAUUAUGGACGAAUGCACGCACCUGCGGAACUUCGAAGUUCCAGUCGACACGAAUUUGAUAAUUGCUGUCUGUGCUAAGGACGAUGCUUACGUCCCACGCGAUAACUGCAUGAGUCUGGAGAAAAUCUGGCCAGGGGCAGAGAUAAGGUACAUCGAUGCUGGCCACAUCAGUGCCUAUUUGCUGCACCAAAAAGUGUUCAGAUCUACGAUUGCCGAAGCGUUCGAUCGCUACACAAAGAAGUAUUCAGUCACCAGUUGACGUCAGUUCGUCCCACUCAAUAGUGUUAAUUUGAUAAUAAAAUCUAACGAUUCUGCAUCACCACUCAACUAACGCAAGCUUGACGAUGAGGCUGACGAUUACACGCUCAAUAUCAUCCUCUGGAGUUGCUUCGACCACGUGAUAAAUCAAUGAUACUAAGAAAAUAAAAGAAAAUAUGAAAGAAAGUAUAAAAUCAAAGUUUUAAAAACACGAAUCAUGUACAAAGAUGAAUGUUAUAGAGAUUUUACAGAGUGGAGAGUAAUUUUUGUAACUGUUUUAAUUGUUUUUGAUGAAUCUAAAUGUAUAGAGAAAUAGUAAAAUCACCAUAUUGUUGCA